AUGCAGUACGGCCAGAUCCUUCACAGGUGUGGCCCGGACGAUAGCUUCCUCAACCUGAACGUCGGUGGUUUUAAGCAGCAUGUGGAGCGCAGCAUCCUGCAGCGCUUCCCCAGGACCCGCCUGGGACGCCUGCUGUACUGCGUCUCCGAGGAGGCCAUCCUGGAGCUCUGCGACGACUUCAGCCCCACCGACAGGGAAUACUACUUUGACCGCAACCCGUGCUUCUUCCGCAAUGUCCUCAACUUCUACCACACGGGCAAGAUCCACCUGAUGGAGGAGCUGUGCGUCUUCUCCUUCAGCCAGGAGAUUGAGUACUGGGGCAUCAAGGAGCUCCACCUGGACUCCUGCUGCAGCAACAAGUUUCAGGAGCAGAGACAGUUUGCAGAGGACAAGGACUGGGACCGGAGGAGCGGGGACCAGCAGCAGUUUGGGAGCAUUGAUUCAUCCAUGGAGGAGCUCUCAACUAUGGACAAGGACCUGGAGAAGUUCGAGGGUACCUGGUGCUCGGAGGUCCGCAAGAACAUCUGGCUGCAUCUGGAGGACCCAGGCUACUCAUGUUUGGCCAAGGGGAUCGCCGUGGCUUCGCUGGCUGUGGUGCUAACCUCCAUCGUGGCCAUGUGCGUCCACAGCAUGCCCGAGUUCCACCAGGUAGACCUCAACGACAAGGAGAUUGAAGACCCGGUGCUGGCCAUUUUCGAGGCUGUGUGCGUCAUCUGCUUCUCUGUGGAGUUCCUGGUGCGGCUGGCAGUGGCGCCGUGUGCCCGUAAUUUCAUGAGCAACGCUCUCAACAUCAUUGACUUUGUUUCCAUCGUUCCCUUCUACGCCACACUGGCCUUUGAGACAGUGGACGAGGAGAACGAGGAACUGGAGAACGUGGGCAAGGUGGUUCAGAUCCUGCGACUGAUGCGAAUCUUCCGCAUCCUCAAGCUGGCGCGUCACUCGGUGGGACUACGCUCACUGGGUGCCACGCUAAGGCACAGCUACCACGAGGUGGGCCUCCUGAUUCUCUUUCUCUCUGUGGGUAUCUCCAUUUUCUCUGCGCUCAUCUACUUUGUGGAGAAGGAGUCAGAAGAGUCGGACAUAACGACCAUCCCCGUAGGCUGGUGGUGGGCCACUAUUAGCAUGACAACAGUGGGCUACGGCGACACCUGCCCGGUGACGGUUGUAGGGAAGCUGGUGGCCACCAUAUGCAUCGUCUGUGGGAUACUAGUGGUGGCCCUGCCCAUCACCAUUAUCUUCAACAAAUUCUCCAUGUACUACCAGAGGCAAAAGACCAUGGAUGCCGAUCAGCGCAAUAACGAGACCGACCAAUGCAAUAAUAACGACAUUAAAAUCCCCGACCCCAGUCUAACAUACUUUAACGUCAGCAACCAGUACACCUUAAAGAUGAACUCAUUCAUCACCAAUAUCUCUGUCAGGAGCAGCGUCGGCAGUGAUGAGGACACGGACGCGUCUAGCAUCCAGGGUGGAGAGACGACUUGUAUCCUGAGGGGCACUUGA